AUGGAUCAAUCACGCGAACCACACCUUUUAUCCCUUAAAGUUAUACGAAUACCAAAUCCCUUAGUCACUCCGGUAGACCCUCGGAAUAAUAAUGAUAGAGAUUCAACAACGCUCACAGAAGCAACCGAGUCAGAGCCUGGGAGUGCUAAAGACACCUCUUUUGGAAAGGUGUAUCUUGGGGAGACUUUUGGCAGUUUAAUACGUGUAUCAAACGAUUCCACAGUUCUUACACGUGAAAUUAGCGUAAAAGCAGAGAUACAAACCAGUACACAACGAUUUCCACUCACAGACACAUCGCUCGAACCUUUAUCCACCCUCGGACCCAGCAAAUCCACAGAGCAUGUAAUACAGCAUGAAAUAAAGGAAUUGGGUGUUCAUUUACUUGUCUGUUCGGUGACAUAUUUAACCGACGAUGGAGAGAAGAGAAAUAUUCGACAGAUACAUCGAUUUCAAGUGAUGAAUCCAUUAGCAGUGAAGACAAAAGUGAACAAUAUGGCUGAUGGGAAAGUUUUUUUGGAGGUGCAGGUGCAAAAUGUGGCAGAUCGAGAAAUGCAUCUUGAAAGAAUGAAAUUCGAGUCUGGUGAUGUAUUUGGAUUCAAGGAUCUUAAUUAUGUAGUUGAUGAUAAUGGGAUGGAAGUGAUGUCUAAGCAACUUGAAUCAACCAAAAAGGAAAUUGACAAUAUCAAUGACAAGGAAGACACACAAAAUUCAGAGAGGAGCCUGGAAGAAAACGUCGAAGAAGAAGAGCCUGAAAGUAUAUUUGGGAUUCAGAAUUAUUUAAACCCUCAAGAUAUUCGACAAUAUUUAUACAUGUUAACUCCAAAACCCGGAAUAGAAGAACGUCUCGCAAGAACAAUCAAUGUAUUAGGAAAACUUGAUAUCGUGUGGCGGUCUAAUUCAGGCGAGACAGGCAGACUACAAACAAGUCAAUUAACACGUAAACCACCCAUUUUGGAAGAAAUCGAACUGUCUGUUACGACGAUACCCGCAUCAAUUAUACUCGAGACACCAUUCACAUUAGGAUGUCGAAUCAGAAAUCGCACCACUUCUGUAUUAAAAGUGGUGGUGACUGCCGUAAAAUCCAAAAUGGGAGCAGUGCUGUUAAGUGGUCCUUCUACUAAGAAUCUAGGGGAAUUGGCACCAGAUAAUGUUGUUGAUUUUCAACUCGAAUUUGUCCCAUUGAGUCCUGGACUGCAGCGAGUUGGUGGUUUAAAGAUAUCAGAUGUGAUAUCUGGUUACACAAAAGAAAUUGAUCAUUUCACAGACAUUUUUGUAUUAUUUUCAAAAUAA